AUGCCACCUUUAACAUUAUACGGAUUUAUAGGUGGAAGAAUCCUUACUAAUAAUUUAACCUUAAUAAAAUACGAAGAAUUAAUACAAACAGACGGAGAAGAGUCCAUUGUAAAAAUAUGGUGUGGUAAACGAGUGAAAAUAAAAAAGUUAAAAGAUAUUAGUAAAUGCGAUGAUAGUAAUAUUAAAAGAUUCGAGAUUGAAGUUAAGCAAUUUGAUCACCCAAACUUGCUUAAAGUAUUUGGUCUUACAUAUGAAAUUGCCAAUAACGGAGACUUACGCAAUUAUCUUAAGCAAAAAUCUUCAUCGAGUGAUCCACUUGAUUGGAAUAGAAAAUUAAUCUUAAUACGUCAUGUGGUCAGUGGCUUGAAGUACCUUCAUGAAAGAUCUAUUGUUCAUACGGAAUUGCAUCCGUGUAAUAUUUUCGUCCAUGAUGGAAUCCCCAAAAUAGCAAAUAUUGGGAUGUCUAAAAUUCGUACCCCUUGUGACCUUUCUUUUACUCAAUAUACCCCUCCUGAGAUAUGUAAUGAUGGUGUUGAACCUUUUCGAAAUAAUUAUAAUGUUUCUUUAGCACUUGAAAUAAUUAAUGAUAGGCGACCUAACUGUUUAGAAAUCCUUAAAGAACUAGAAAUUGUUGAUAAACGUGAAAAACUCAAUGGAUUCAGAAACAAUGAAACUACUUGUGAGUUAGACAUUAGGGUUCUAGAAAGAGAAAAAGGGUUGCAAAAAGAAUUUAUUGAGACCUUUGGUUUAAACAAAGCUAGAAAUUUAGUUGAUCACGAUUUUGUUCUUGGAACAAAAACAAUACUUAGUGAUCUUGGGGAUUUAGACAUGUCUUUUUUAAAAGAUGAACCAGAUAUUUUCCAAAGUUCGUUUGACGAUAAUGCAAAGCUGUAUGUCCCGAUUGCAUUUGUACGAUAUAAUAGCGAUGUGGAUAAUGUGGAUGAGCAAUUUAUUUUAGAUGUCAGUAAUGCACUUAAUAGUUUAGAUGACAAUGAGAAAAAAGAAAAAUUAAAUAGGAUACUUAACGAAUGGGGUAACUUUGUAGUUUCUGAAGUAGUUAUAGGUGGUGCUAUACUGAUAAAAAAUUGGUCAUCAAUUAGUGAUGCAAAUAAAUUACGCCUAAUGACGUAUAUCCAAUGGGGAAUAGAUUAUGCAAAAGGUGGAGAAUCUCCAAUUUUUAGCAAGGCCCCACUUGAUGAUUUACCUCAAUUAGAAACUUCGAAAAAAGUUUUAAAAACUAUUGGUGAACUAUAUGAUUGGCUAGAAGAUAUUUACAAUUAUCGAAAUCUAGAGAUUAUCUCUUAUGAAAAAUUUAAGCAGUCAUAUAAGUUACUGCCGAAUAAUUUAAUCGAACAAUUUCCUGCUAUUGAGUCUACAAAUAAUCCUUCCUUGAGAAUGAUUCCACAAAUAUCACCAACUGAGUAUGAACAAACCAAAUUCUCUGAAUGGAUUAAAGUACAAAAAAAAACAUCAAAACACCCAUUAUUGCGUGAUUGGGUUAAUGAACUGUCUUUGGAACAUGGUAUAAUCUUAAAACUUCCACAUUUAAUAUCUAGUGAAAAUGUAUGUCUUAAAUUUUCUAAAGAACCUAAAAUAACAAACAUGAAUGAAGUUAUUCUUUUGUUAAAACAACCUCGAACUCAACUAGAAGCAUAUUUGCUAGAUAAUGGUAUAAAGGAGAGCAAUUAUUUAAAGUUCAAAGAUAUUCCUUUUUUUGAUCAUAAUUUAACAAAGAAACCCUCUAAAAAGAUUUAUUGUCAGAUUAUUGUUAAGUUGGCAAGAAUUUCUUUUGAGUUAGCAAACAUUGAACCUAUCGAACAAGUUUCAAAUAUGGUGAAUCUUUCUCUUGAAAGUUGCGAACCAUAUAAAAAUCUUUAUGAACUUUUUAGUAAUCAUUAUGGACAUUUAGUUCCUAAAACUCUAAUUUUGGGCGCAAAGUUAUCAAUUGAGCAUGAUGUUUCUCAAAACAUCAUUGAUGAUGAGAGAAAUUUGAAUAGCUGUGAUGCAUUAAGUAUUAGAAAAACUUUAUCGAAAUGGGAUGAACAACAUAAACUUAUCAACACGAAACUUUUAAUGAGCAAUGGGGCAAUUAUUAAACGUGACUAUAUUGAAACUUGGUUAAAAACUCUUAUUGAUAACCCUAAAAAUUGGAAGAUUGUAUCAUAUGAAGAUUGGACCCCAAUGUAUAAAAUUUUGAAACAAACACAAUGUAAAAUUAUUGAUGAAAUUUUAAGUGAUAAAUAUCGUAUUGUGAUUAGUGGAAAAGAAUCUUUACAAUGGGAUGAUCAAACUUCUGUAUCUAUAAAAUUUCCUGGUCCUGUCGAUAAAAACUAUCAGAUUUAUGGAAGUGUUGCUAAAAAGAAUAUAUUUGGAAUUUGGGAAAAUAUCUCCGAUGUGGUUGUUGGUUUCAAUUACGCUAAUGAAUAUGGUAGUGUUGCAAUAUUGCACAAAAAUAAAGAUAUAAGUAUUCAAAUCGCUCAUGGAAAACAAAAUAUCAGUAAUUCUCAAAUAUCUUUAGAUUGCAACAAUCUUUAUGCGGAUUGUAUUUUAGUAACAUCGUUUAUUUCCCAAUCCACAAAAAAUACAUCAUUCUAUGAAAUUGACCUUAAAUAUUGGACGACCACAACAGUCAACUUGGAAAUUAUAGAGAAACAAAAUAGUGGCAGGCAUGGGAAAACGUCAGAUCAAUAUCCUCAAGAAACAGCGAUUCAAUGGUGUAUUAUUUACACAAAUAUAGAUGAAUUAGUGAAUAACAAUAAAUCAUUUCCAUGGAACGUAUUUGGAAUCACCCUUGAUGAAUCAACUAAGAAAUAA